UACCCAGACGACCCUACUUUGGUUCAGCACAGCAAACACUCAAUCAACCUCCCACUCCCGGCGCACCAAAAGCAACAACGUACCUACAAGGCCACACGAAAACACAAUGGCCUGCGCCUUCUUCUUCGACGCAGAACCGGUCGACGAGCCCGGCGUGCACUCCCUGGACGCGUGCGCGCUCUGCACCAAGCCGCUGGCGCGCGACAGCGACAUCUUCAUGUACAGAGGGGACACGCCCUUCUGCAGCGAGGAGUGCCGCCACGAGCAGAUGCAACUCGACGCCGCCUGCGCCAGGCAGGCGGCCAGGGCGGCUGCCCGGAGGCAGAAGCAGUUCUCCUCAGGAACGGGGGCCGGGCGCGCGCACCGGGAGUCCUGGGAGGUGUCCGUCGCAAGCUAAGCGGCGAGAGUGGCAGAGUGCGUAUGUACUUGAGCUAACAAGCUCUGCGCGCAAGAAGCCACCAUUGCCCGUGGGCCGUGGACGACUGAUCAGCGCGAGAUCGAGAAGACUCACCUUGGUUGAAGAAGCAAAACGCGUGUCACCGGAGUUGCUCGCGGCAGGCCGGUGCUGCAUGUGCCGCCGGUCAGGUGAUUUGGGCAUGGACGACGCGGAAAAGGAGCUGGACUGGAUCUGAAGAAGUCAAUCAAACAAGAUUCAGUGAUUCACCAUGCAAUUAGGCGGCCAUGUGUGCCCCUCCCAGUCCCUCGGCUCUCCUUUUCUCCUGCGUCAGUGCCACUUCUGUAUGAUAGCAAGUUUGCUUUAGGCAAUAGCACUUUCACAGGGUAAACCAUCAAGCGAAUCGGCAUAUAACAUGUCUUUGUGCAAUCUUGUUUUUGUU